AUGGCCCGGAAAAGCGCCUUCCCUGCCGGCGCGCUCUGGCUCUGGAGCAUCCUCCGGUGCCUGCUGGUGCUGCGAGCGGAGGUCGGGCCGCAGCCGGAGAGCCUGUACCUGUGGAUCGACGCUCACCAGGCGAGAGUGCUCAUAGGACUUGAAGAAGAUAUCUUGAUUGUUUCAGAGGGGAAAAUGGCCCCCUUUACACAUGACUUCAGAAGAGCACAGCAGAGAAUGCCAGCUAUUCCUGUCAAUAUCCAUUCCAUGAAUUUCACCUGGCAAGCUGCAGGGCAGGCAGAAUACUUCUAUGAAUUCCUGUCCUUGCGCUCCUUGGAUAAAGGCAUCAUGGCAGACCCAACCGUCAAUGUCCCUCUUCUGGGAACAGUGCCUCACAAGGCGUCAGUUGUUCAAGUUGGUUUCCCAUGUCUCGGCAAACAAGAUGGAGUGGCGGCAUUUGAAGUGAAUGUGAUUGUCAUGAAUUCUGAAGGCAACACCAUCCUGCAGACACCUCAGAAUGCCAUCUUCUUUAAAACAUGUCAACAAGCUGAGUGCCCCGGAGGAUGCCGAAAUGGAGGCUUUUGUAAUGAAAGGCGGGUCUGCGAAUGCCCUGACGGGUUCUACGGCCCUCACUGUGAGAAAGUCCUCUGCGCACCACGAUGCAUGAAUGGCGGGCUCUGUGUUACUCCUGGUUUCUGCAUCUGCCCACCUGGGUUCUAUGGAGUCAAUUGUGAUAAAGCAAAUUGCUCAGCCACCUGCUUUAAUGGAGGGACCUGUUUCUACCCAGGAAAGUGUAUUUGCCCUCCAGGACUAGAGGGAGAACAGUGUGAAAUAAGCAAAUGCCCACAGCCCUGUCGAAAUGGAGGUAAAUGCAUUGGUAAAAACAAAUGCAAGUGCUCCAAAGGUUACCAAGGAGACCUCUGUUCAAAGCCUGUCUGCAAGCCUGGCUGUGGUACACGCGGAACCUGCCAUGAACCCAACAAAUGCCAGUGUCAGGAGGGCUGGCAUGGGAGGCACUGCAAUAAAAGGUAUGGAGCCAGCCUCCUGCAUGCCCUGAGGCCAGCCGGCGCCCGGCUCAGGCAGCACACGCCUUCAGUUAAGAAGGCCAAGGAGCGGCAGGACCCGCCUGAAUCCAAUUACAUCUGGUGA